AUGUCCUCUGAAAAACCGGCACUCAAGCCAAAACCAAAGGUUCCUCCUCCAGUGAAGGCUAAGAAACCGCAGCUGGCAGCAACGGCUUUGUUGGAGUCGAAGUCCGGUGUAAACGCGUCAGCAGCGUUGAAAAGUAAUCUCACAAAGACGAUGUCUCAAACCUCUGAAAAUUCAACGUCUUCGCAGCCUUCAAAACCUGUGCGCUUAGCGAGUGAGCUCUAUACUGCCACUGUCUCCAAGUUUCCGCCGCCGCCUGUCCACGUGCACCGCAAUAAGUCGCAAGCGUCGGUUACCAUUGACAGAUCAUCCCCGGCAGCUUCCACCCCUGAGCAAGAAACCGCGUCUCCUGUUUCUUCCCAGAGCCCAGUCUCUUCUGACGACGAGGACGCUCCCCCACUUCCAUCGCGUCCGUCGCGUAGCGAGUCCGUCUCGUCGGUGGAAGAAGAAGACGCUCCUCCGCUUCCUAGACGGCCUUCCCCUUCAACCAGGCCUGCCGUUCUGGACGAAAAAAAAUCCAAGAUUCCACCUUUAAGGUCCGAACUGUUCCAGAAACAACCAUCUCCGGAGGUUCCAGGUAAACCAAAACCUCCAAGACCUGCCAAACCGUCUCUCAAUCUCAAUACGACCACAGACUCGUUCUCCAGAACGCUGUCGUCCAAUUUGGAGAAGUUGAAGGUUUCCGGCUCCAAACCGUCGCUGUCUCCUCCAACUCCACCCAAAUCUCGUUCCUCUGCCCUCUCGUCGGGGACAUCGACACCACCGUCUCCUCCAAAACCUCGCAUAAGGCCAUCUGCUCCUCCACCACGCUCUGCGUCAAAAUCAAACUGGAGGGCUCCUGAUCUCAACUUGGAACUCCAAACAGGGUGGUUCGCCAAAGAAGACUUUGAAAAUCAUAUACCUGCCGACCUGCAAGGCCUGGACUACGCUACAUCGUUUGGCUACAAUUCAAAAGAAUUUUUCAGAGUCGUGGUGUUCCGCAACAGAGACCUGUCCACCACCAAACUCAGAUUUACGUGGCCAAAAUCAGGAGACCCGGGCGCCUCAGUCGAGCACGAAAUUAAAUUUGUGCCCCCGCCACAGGCUACAAAAGCACAGCUCGAAGAAGGAGCUUCGUUGUAUGGCGAUCACGUGGCAGGAUGGACAGAAGCUCACAAAGGUAAGAAAGUGGGAGACGGAGAGUGCUGGACUCUUGCGCACGAUGCCUUGCAACGGGGCUGCGGCAAACACGCGUUCGUCUCUUCUGGGCUCGUUCACGGUGCUCUUCUGUCCACCGUCACGGGAAAACAAGGCGGACCAGAAAUUCGCAAAGAGCCAGUCUCCGACACUAUCAAGAGAGGUGACAUCUUGCAGUUUGCUAACUGCUGUUUCCGGUACCCAAACAAGGCACUAUUUUAUGGCUCACCAGACCACACUUCAGUUGUCAGUCACGUGACGGGGUCCUCGGAGCUACCUAGAUUGCAAGUGUUGCACCAGAACGUGAAUGGCGAGAAGCUAGUUAUCGAGGAGUCUAUCGAUCUGGAGACACUUGUCGAAGGCACGAUCAAAGUGUAUAGGCCGAUCAGUAGCAGCUGGAUCUCUGAGCUAUCUCCUAUGUGGUGA